AUGACACGACUAGUAGAGAGUUACCGCCGGGGAUAUCCGCAGUUGGCAGCAUUCUUAACCCUCGAUGAGUACUUCACUAUUGUGAAGAGGUUUGACUUUCUCCACAUGCGAAGUAUCGUGGAGCAACAAGAUCGGCUUGCAGAACUGGAAGCCCGGCUUCAUCAAUGCGACGACGAAGAAGGGAUUCAACUGAACCUCUCAAGUCGUCGCCAGGACGGGAAUAACAAGCGUCGUGAACUCAUGAAGGAGGUUCACGACACACUCAAACAAUAUGAUGACUCAGUUACCAGAUUUUCAGAAUUACUUCGUUUGCCUCAGGCCAAGGAAGAUCACAAGAGAAGUGUUCAUUGCUGGAUGCAAGGGAACAAACCAUUGGUCAAGUCUGAGAGCAUUGUCUACGACAAAAUCCUGGAAGACAAUGACUAUAUCGCUCUUGCGUGGAAGGCAAAUGACAGAACUUCGCUCGAAGAUAUGGUGGAAAGAUUGGUUCGAGCCUUUCCGAAUCUCGUAAAGCGAUUCCGAAUUAACAAGGUAAACUCGAAUCGUUCCGGUUCUACAGCUGUCAGCUAA